AUCCAUAUCCACACAGACAGCUCGAGAGCACCACUACUAACAGUAACAAGAAUGUGAGUGAGAGCCACACGCCUACUUUAGCGCGUGUGAUUAGUAAGAAUGUGAAAAAUCUCGUAUCUCAUCUUCAACGAGGACUUAAGAAGUUAUCCAUUGGCCAAUGGUUUGAUAGGAUGAUGCUGUUAGUGCUGAGUGUGUGUAUCUGAGAAAAGAAAGAGACCGUUCUUAUUUAUCUGUGUAGUGUUGUUGAGUGGGGUUUGUAGACAAUGAGGAGAGGUAGAGGGAAAGGGAAGAAGCAGAGUGCAUCUGCUCGGGAAGAUCAUGGAAGCGGUGAAGAGGAUGAAAAGAUUCCAGCUUAUAGGAGAAGAGGAAGGCCACAGAAGCCUAUGAAAGAUGAUUUCGAAGAGGAGGAGGAGGAAGAAGAAGAGUUGGUUGAGAAGAUGGAGGAGGAAGAAGAAGAAGAGGAUGGUUCAGUAACAAGUAAAAAAGAAGAAAACGAGAGGAAGAGGAAGAUGGUUAAUGGAAGCAAUACGGAUGUCAAUGAAGAAGAGAAUGGGUUAGGAUCAAAAUCAAGUAGAGAUGGUUCCACCAAGUCCACAUCUACUGGUUUCAGACAGAACGGGAGCAGAAGGAAAAGCAAGCCUAGACGAGCUGCUGAAGCUGUUGUGGAAUGUAAUGGAGUUUGAGAAAACUUCUUUGGUCAAGAACUUUCCAAGAAACAUGAUGAGACAUUAACUUGAGGUUUCUUCUUCUUUUAGGUUAUCUUACAAGUUUCUUUGUGAGUUGAGAACUUUGGCUAUCUUUUGGUGUAUCAAUAUGCAUUGUCUUUCUUUUUUAUCUCUCAUCAUCUGCUCUUGAUUUUGACAUUUGAGCCCAAAAAGAUGAUCCUCUCAUCUCCAAAAGUUCUAAUCAUUCUAA